AUGCCAAACUACGCUUGUUCACAAAAAGUAGCUUAUUUCGAAUCAAACAGAACUGACCUAAUUCCCAAGACAGGUUAUAAUGGUCUUGCUGCUCUACCACCGUUUCUUAGCACUGACACUCAUAUGAUCGUAAGUUGGAAGGGUUUGAAUAUUCCCUUCUAACUUUUAAUAAAUGUUACAUACUAUAUAGUUUGAGUUCUCCUAAUUUAAAAGCAAGUUUUAAAACAUAACAAUUUAUUAAUAUUGUUUUAGUUUUCAACCCGCUAUAAAAUUGGAGCCUGUUUGAUACCAAAAGUAAUGUCGACUAUAAUGACUGCCGUUCUCUGUUACCUACAAGACUCUGAAGCGUUUAUCAAAAAUAAUAGAACUAUUCCCACAGAAACUUAUGCUACAAGGUAAGCAAUCGUUUUGCAUAAAACCGACAGCCGCAUAUUGAUCUGAAGUACUAUUAUCCAAACAUUAAAUUCAGAUUUUGCCAUGACAGUAUCGAAAACCGGCACAUGGACGAAUGGACUAGACGAUACAAUCGACAUGGUGAAUAUACGACUUUUACGUUUGUUAGAGAACCAAUCGAUCGUUUCCUUUCAGCUUUUGUUGAUAAAUGUGUUGUGUAAGUGCUUUACCUAAUACUUUUAGUUACAUAAAACAUUAGAGAACACAGAGAAAAAGAAGAAAGAUUUCAUUUGGAUUGUUAUGGAUGUAGUGAAGAUGUCGCAUGUUUUAUUUACAAAAUGAAAGAUCGUAUUUGGAAGUACGUAGAAGGGAAACAUUCGUUGAGUGUCAUGGAUAUACAUGUCAUUCCACAAACUUGGUAAGAUAACUUUUUUAAUCAUUUUUAAUUUUUUAUAUAUAUCCAUAUUUUCAUUAUGUUAUAAAGACGUUGUACUUUUUUUUAAAAAACCUUUUAUAAGACUACUCCUGAAAUUUAGGCACUGCAAAAUGAAGUACUACAUGCACGACUUUACUAUUUUCCGAUAUGUGUCUACUUCAUCGGAUGAUUACAAAGUGUACCUGACGGAAUUGACUGACAUAUUGAUGAAACAAAAUGUACCACAAGAUCAGAUAUAUUAUGUUAUGAGUGGCUUGACUGGAGGACAUUCUCCACAUUCAACUUCUAACUCAUCUGUUAGGUCAGACUACAGAAAAAAAUUAAUGUCUCGACCAGAUUUGUUAAAAAUUUUAGUUGACUUAUAUUACUAUGACUUUGUGACGUUUGGAUUUCCAUUUCCAAAUUUGGAAAAGUAGCCUUUAUAGUGUAAUUUAAACUUUAUAAAACUUAAUAAAAUGACAAUACAAUAAGGUUUAUAAGAAUUUUUUAAAUAAUAAAAUUAAUCAAUUAAAACUACUGUUGCAGUGAAAACUUAGUCCACAUGCUUUAGGCUACUUUACGUAGUAGUCUAUGGGUUUAAAAUCCCAACUUUGCUCUUUUCUAAAAGCUCAACAUAAAAUUUGCAUUUUGCGUUGUUCACAGGUUUAAUAUCAGUUUGUCAGACUAAGUUCUAUGAAAAAUGAUAUGUCGGCUACUUUAAAAGCUAAACACAGUAUUAUUAACCUUUUUAGUGUUUGCUGUGAUUACGUUUAUCUAAUACAUUUUAAUCCUUGACAUUAGGUCUAUAGUCUCGACAGAUUUACCUACACUAUAUUGUAAAUUUUGUUUUACAAUUCUGAUCGGAAAAUAUCACAAGGAAAUUCCAGUAUUCUAUCUAGUAACAUCGAACUAUGAAAACACAUAAUCCUGUGGAAAAAUCUAGUGCACCCACUAGGCUAAAAUAUGUUUUCAUUUUUAUAGCUAUUUGUCUAAUAAUACUCUACCUCAGCUUUCAAAAUAUUGUACUAAACCCUCUAGAAAUUUAUGGGUUGUCAUUGCCAAACUACGCUUGUUCAAAAAAAGUUGCUUAUUUUGAAACAAACAGAACUGACCUUAUACCUAAAACAGGGUACAAUGGUUUGGCUGCUUUGCCACCGUUUGUUACCACUGAUACGCGAGUAAUCGUAAGUUUUAUAAAUUAUCGUAGCUAUUUUUAUGACUAUUAUAUACAACAUUGGAAAAAUUUAUUUUUGUAUUUGUAUUGCUUUAGUUUACAUCUCGCUACAAAAUUGGAUCUUGUUUAAUUCCAAAAGUCAUGUCAACCAUAAUGACCGCAGUUCUUUGUUACCUUCAAGAUUCUGAAGCGUUUAUCAAAAAUAAUAGAACAAUUCCUACAGAAACUUACGAUACAAGGUAAAAUAAAACUGUGAUCUUAUUGUUUAGUGUAAUAACAUCUGAGACAAAAAAAAUCAUUACUUCAAAUGACAAUUUUUAAUUAUACAUAUAUAUAUAUAUAUUUAGAUUUUGCAAUGAAAGUAUCGAACAAUGGCGUAUUGAUGAAUGGACAGAACAGCACAACCAACAAGGUGAAUAUACGUUGUUUACCUUUGUCAGGGAGCCAAUUAACCGGUUUCUUUCUGCGUUUGUCAAUAAAUGUGUGGUGUAAGUCCUUACCUAGUAAUUAUUUUCAAAACAACUACAGUGGAACUCCUGUAUAACGAACUCCUCUAUAACGAAAAUCCCGUAUAACGAACAACUUUUGAAUCCCCGUCUAUCACUGCACAGUGCAUUUAAAACUCCUGUAUAACGAAGCUCCUUUAUAACGAACAAAUUUCUAAUCCCCGAGCAAUUCGUUAUACGGAGUUCCACUGUAUUUAUUUAUAAAUUUUUGAUCUUGUAAAAAAUGCUGAUUUACUUUUUAAACGCAUAAUUCUUAUAUUUUUUUUUCGUUACGGUUAAAAAUUUUAGUGAAAAAAUUUUGGACUGUUAUGAUUGUGGUGAAGAUGUGGAGUGUUUUAUCUAUAAAUUGAGAGAUCGUAUGUGGAAGUACCUUGAAGGAAAACAUACGUUAAGUGUUAUGGACAGACAUGUUAUUCCACAAACUUGGUAAGUCAACGUUUUUUACAUUUUUUUGCAGUUUUAUAUCUUUAAAACCAUCAUUAAGACAUCAAACACAUUAAAAUGUUCUAGUUUUUAAACAUAUCUCAAAUUUAGGCACUGUAAAAUGAGGUACUACUUAAACGAGUUUACAAUCUUCCGAUACGUAUCUACAUCCUCGACUGAAUAUAAAAUUUACCUGACAGAAUUGACUGACAUUUUAAUGAAACGGAACGUACCACAAGAUCAGAUAUCGUAUGUUAUGAGAGGCCUGACUGGAGGACAUUCUCCACAUUCAACUUCUAACUCAUCAGCUAGAUCAGACUACAAGAGCCAACUGAUGUCUCGACCGGAUUUGUUAAAAAUUUUAGUUGACUUAUAUUACUACGAUUUUGUUACGUUUGGAUUUCCGUUUCCCGACCAAUUGUGGUUAUAG